AUCUUUUCCAUAAUUAUCGAUCCUUUUCCAUCUUGAGUGUAUUCUAUACCAAUAUAUUCUAAGAAAUCAGAGGGUUGGAUGACUUUCAAAAAAGGGAGAUUACACCAGAUUGGCUGAGCAACAUCACUCUUGUUGGUUGAGCUUCACUUUUAUAAAGAGGAGGAGCAACGAAUUUGUAGAGUUUAUUGAAGAAAGGCUUUUGGGGAAGAAGAUUGGGAAGAUGGCUCUUUCUGUGUUGCCCAUGAGCUCAGUUUUGCCAAUGAUUUCGACUAAGCUUCUUAAAUUGCCGCCUUCUCCCUUGUCUCUCAAUUCUAAUCACGCCUCUUGUUCCAUUUCAUUUGGUGGUGUGGUUGCUUCUGAAACAAGGUGUAAAGCCAUUGCAGUGGAUUCCCCUAGGGAAGUCGAAGAUUUGCCUGAUAUAGACUGGGAUAAUCUUUCCUAUGCCAUUACACCAACUGACUACAUAUAUUUGACGAAAUGUGCUCGAGGCGAAAAUUUUUCCGGUGGAUUACGUUGCUAUGGAAAUGGAACAAUUGACAUGAGUGUAUCAUCUGGAAUUUUAAACAAUGGUCAGGGUUUAUUAGAAGGAUUGAAAGCAUACAGAAAGCAAGAUGGUGGUAUCUUACUGUUUCGUCCAGAGGAAAAUGCUUUGAGAAUGAAGAUGGGAGCAGCUCGCUUAUUGAUGGAAUGCCCUUCGGUGGAACAAUUUGUGAAUGCUGUGAAGGAAGUCGUUUUGGCCAAUCAGCGCUGGGUACCUCCAUUCAAAAAAGGCGCUCUGUACAUCCGGCCCUUGCUUUUUGGAAGUGGAUCUAUUUUACCUCCUGCUCCCUCUCCUGAGUGCACAUUUCUUAUAUUUGUCUCUCCUGUUGGAAAUUAUUUCAAGGGGAAUUUGUCUCCAAUCCAUUUAGUUGUUUCAACUGAAUAUCAUCGUGCUACUCGAGGUGGAGCUGGAGGUGUAAAGACAAUAGGCAACUACUCAGCGGUUUUUAUGGCACAGGCGAAUGCUAUAUCUAGUGGCUUCAAUGAGGUCUUGUACUUGGAUUCUGUCCACAAAAAGUACCUGGAGGAAGUUUCGGCAUGUAAUAUCUUUGUCGUAAAGGGUAAAUCAAUUUCAACGCCACCAAUAGAUGGGACAAUUUUGCCUGGAAUUACUCGGAAGAGUGUGAUUGAUAUUGCUCGCAAUGAAGGAUACCAGGUUGUGGAACGUCGCAUAGGAGUGGAGGAAUUGUCUGAUGCUGAUGAAGUUUUUGGCACAGGAUGUGGAAUAGUUAUUGCCCCUAUUGGUAGCAUCACAUAUCUUGGGAAAAGGAUGGUCUAUGGAGACGGUGGAGUUGGAAAAGUUUCUCAACAAAUGUAUUCCAUCCUCACAGGUAUUCAGUAUGGGUUGAUGGCGGACAAGAUGGGUUGGACAGUCAAGGUGAAGUGAGAAGUGGCAAACCCAUGGUGGGUUGUCAAAUCCAAGCUACAAAUAAUUUAAAUAAAGUUCUCUAUACAUACUACUCUAUGUAUGCUAUUAUAUCUGUCACCUGUAAUGGAAACUCUACUUUGUUACAGAUUUUUAGUGUUAGAUGCAAUCACUUUCUUUUGGGGUUAAUGGCAUUUCUAAGGGACUGGGAAGGAUGCCCAUUUGUGUUGAUAGACAUGCAUUUUUCUUGUCACAAAGUUGGCCCUUGUGAAUGGUACUAUAUCUGUCAACUGUAAUGGAAACUCUACUUUGUUAGAGUAUCUUUAGAGUCACAUGAUUCAUGCCUACUGGAUAUUCAUAUUACAA